GCAGUUUGAGCAGCCAUCUUAGGUGAGAGGACAGAGAAGGGAGUGGUGAUGCAGCUCCUCCCCUAAAGAUGAGCAGUGAUCAGCCCACGAAGAAGCAGGCUCUCCUCUCCACAAGUAACAGAGACCUGGCAACCUCCACAGAGGAAGAGGACAGUGAGGCAUUGGUGAUUACAGGAGCAAACAUCCCAGCUAAGCAAACCACUAUGAGAGACAGAAAUCCUGAAGCCAUGACCCACUGGAGUUACUUAAUAAUUGGAGCUGAAACCCCUGCUCUAGGGUAAUAUUUUGUCCAAUAAUUCAGGAACAGACAGGGAGAUUGACGGCUCUCGGUGCCACAACCAUGGCAGAACAAGAGGGGCUGCAGUUUGGCAAAGCGGACUUUGUUCUUAUGGACUCUGUCACAUUACCUGAAUUUAUGGACAACCUGAAACUCAGGUUUGAGAAAGGACGAAUCUACACCUUUAUCGGUGAGGUGGUGGUCUCUGUGAACCCCUACAAGAGCCUCUCAAUCUAUGGGAAGGAUACGAUAGAACAGUAUAAAGGAAGGGAACUGUAUGAGAGACCCCCGCAUCUGUUUUCCAUUGCAGAUGCUGCAUACAAGGCCAUGAAGAGACGUUGCAAAGACACAUGUAUAAUGAUAUCAGGGGAGAGUGGAGCUGGGAAGACUGAAGCCAGUAAAUACAUAAUGCAGUACAUAGCCGCCAUCACCAACCCCAGCCAGCGAGCGGAGGUCGAGAGGGUGAAGAAUAUGCUCCUUAAGUCAAAUUGUGUAUUGGAGGCAUUUGGCAAUGCCAAGACUAACAGAAAUGACAACUCCAGCCGGUUUGGAAAAUACAUGGAUAUUAACUUUGACUUCAAAGGAGAUCCCAUUGGAGGGCACAUCAGUAAUUAUCUAUUGGAAAAGUCUCGGGUCAUUGUUCAACAAUUAGGAGAGAGGAAUUUCCACUCCUUCUAUCAGUUAAUCUUAGGAGCACCAGAGCAAACUCUGCGUUCCCUUCACAUCCAGAAAGAUAUCUCUUCUUACACAUAUACCCGAUCACUGGCUCAGCUGAAGUCUUCCAUUAAUGACGCAGCAGAAUUCAAAGAAGUUUCGGAGGCAAUGAAGGUGAUUGGAUUUAAACAAGAGGAAAUUCAGACUGUCUACAAAAUCUUGGCUGCCAUUCUGCAUCUGGGGAACCUCAAGUUUAUUGUAGAUGGAGAUACCCCACUGAUUGAGAACGGUAAAGUUGUUUCUGUAGUGGCUGACUUGCUGAGUUCUAAGUCUGAGCUUCUGGAGAAGGCUCUCCUGUUCAGGACUGUGGCCACUGGCAGAGAUGUUAUAGACAAGCAGCACACUGAGAAAGAGGCUAGCUACGGCAGAGACGCCUUUGCCAAGGCCAUCUAUGAACGCCUGUUCUGCUGGAUUGUGAGUCGUAUUAAUGAUGUGAUUGAUGUAAAAAAACAAGAUGCAGCUGUUCAUGGGAAAAACACUGUUAUUGGGGUGCUGGACAUAUAUGGAUUUGAGAUCUUUGACAAUAACAGCUUUGAACAAUUCUGCAUUAAUUAUUGUAAUGAGAAACUACAACAGCUGUUCAUUCAACUUGUCUUGACCCAAGAGCAAGAGGAAUAUCAGAGAGAGGGAAUUCCCUGGAAACAUAUAGAUUAUUUUAAUAACCAGAUCAUCGUGGAUCUUGUUGAACAGCAACAUCGUGGGAUCAUUGCGCUGUUGGAUGAUGCCUGCAUGAAUGUGGGGAAAGUGACAGAUCCCAUGUUCCUGGAUGCACUAAACAAGCAGCUGGGGAAACAUGCUCACUACUCCAGCAGGAAGGUCUGUCAAACAGAUAAAGCUCUGGAAUUUGACAGAGAUUUCCGGAUUCGUCAUUACGCUGGAGAUGUUCUUUACUCAGUUGUGGGAUUUAUUGAUAAGAAUAAAGAUACAUUAUUCCAGGACUUCAAGAGACUGAUGUAUAACAGCUCCAACCCUGUGCUGAAGAAUAUGUGGCCUGAGGGGAAGCUGAGUAUCACAGAAGUCACCAAACGCCCACUGACUGCAGCCACACUCUUCAAAAACUCCAUGAUAGCCCUUGUGGACAAGCUGGCAUCUAAGGAGCCCUAUUAUGUCCGCUGCAUUAAACCAAACGACAAGAAAUCGCCUUCUCUGUUUGAUGAUGAACGCUGCCGCCACCAAGUGGAGUAUUUGGGUUUACUGGAAAAUGUCCGUGUCCGGCGAGCAGGUUUCGCAUAUCGGCAGGUGUAUGAGCGAUUUCUACACAGGUACAAGAUGAUAUCCCAGUUGACCUGGCCUAACCAUGACUUGCCAUCAGACCGAGCUGCAGUGCAGAAACUCAUGGAGCAGUGUGGCUAUCACCAGGAUGCUGCCUAUGGCAAAACCAAGGUUUUCAUCCGCACCCCACGCACCCUAUUCUCCCUGGAGGAGAAGCGGAGUGAGAUGCUGAUAAGAAUCAUUCUCUUCCUGCAGAAGAUUUGGAGAGGCACAUUGGCCCGCUGGAGAUACAAGAGGAUAAAGGCAGUCCGCACAAUUAUGCGCCAUUAUAGGCACUACAAAGUGAAGUCUUACAUCCAUGACGUGGUCCGCAAAUUCAAUGGAGUACGAAACAGCAGGGAUUAUGGGAAGAACGUAAAAUGGCCAUCACCUCCUAAAGUGCUCCGUCGGUUUCAGGAAUUUCUUCAGAGCAUCUUCCAUAGGUGGAGAGCAUACCAACUAAUAAAGAGCAUCCCUCCUGCUGACAUACCAAAAGUCAAGGUUAAAGUGGCUGCUUUUGAGAAUCUUAAAGGCCACCGAGCUGACAUGGGUCUUCAGAGGAGCUGGGAAGGAAGCUACCUAGCAUUGAAACAGGAGAACAGCCAGGAUUCAGGAUUGUUUGUAUCUCGUGCCAAUGAGCUGCAGCGAAAAGACAAGUUCAUGCAGUCUCUCUUCUCCUGUCACGUGCGCAAGGUAAACCGAUUUAACAAAGUAGAAGAUCGCGCCAUCUUUAUAACAGACCGACAUCUGUAUAAAAUGGAUCCCAGCAAGCAGUAUAAAGUAAUGAGCAGUACUCCACUCUAUAAUGUAUCUGGCAUCAGCGUGACUGAUGGGAAAGACCAGCUGAUUGUUUUUCACACGAAGGACCACAAAGAUCUUAUUGUGUGUCUGCGGUUUGCUGGGCAGUCCCCACAAGAGAGCCAUGUGGGGGAACUUGUCGGGGUGUUAGCCAACCAUUUUAAGAGUGAGAAGAGACGCUUCCAGGUCACAGUGUCACACCCUGUUCAGUGCAGUCAGCACGGCAAGUCCUGCUCCAUUACCGUGGAAACCAAGAUCAACCAAUCACAGCCUCACUUCAGCAAGAGCCGGAACGGCUUUAAUUUAAGCGUGCCAGCCAAUUAACUUGUGUGUGCCUUAACCAUACAGCGAUACUGAGUACCUCAGCACUAUGCCUUUAAAAAGACAACCAAAUACCCAGGUGUACUUUGUGGGGACUGGUUCCCCAAAAUUAUCUUAAGCCCUUGAGUGGGUUACAUUUAAUUCAUACAACUUUGCUACAUAAUUUUAUCCCAGGUUUUCUAGCCUCUAACUGCCUUUUAGAAUGAACUAUAAAAUUGUGUUAUCAAUUUGACUGAUAAUAAAAAAGUAUAUAAUUUUAUAUACAUUCAUCUGUAAAA